AUGGUGGAGGUUAUUCAAACACCAAAACGUGGCAAUCGCAUGUUCCUGGCAUGGGCAACCGUAGUACUUGUCGUUGCCAUCGCAUACCGCAUCUAUCUCCAUGCCACGUUCACCUUGAUAUUUGGCUUUGGCCGAGUGAUUCAACCAAUUGAGGACUUUCCUUGGGACUGUGAGCGCAUUCAACACCCUCUUCUGGAAGGGUGUGAAGAUGUCUGGCUUGACCAUAGCUCCAGGAAGCUCUACGGUGCUUGCACCAGCCUUAGGUCGCGAACAGGAUGGAACCCGGGAGGGAGCUUGUUCAAUGUUUCCGCAAGGUCGCGCACCGAUCAUAUUUCAGUGUUGAAUAUCGACGAGCCAGGCCCAGACGGCCUGUAUGGACUUCAUCAACUCAAAUUCGACUAUCCUGGAGAUCUCGAUCUGCAUGGCUUUGAUAUUAAACGCAUUGGAGACCAACAGCACCAACAGCGUUUCUGGCUCAUCAACCAUCGCCCACCUGUGGACCCAGCCACCGGAGAACCGCUCAACCCCCGCAAAGUGGGCGCUAACUCCACCAUUGAGAUAUUUGACCUUGAGGCAUCCUCAAGUACACUGGUGCAUGUGAAGACCAUCGCUAGCGAGGCUAUUAUCUCCCCCAACAACCUUGCAGUCGCCAAUGAUGGAGUUGGAAUUUUGGUGACGAAUGACCACGACGAAAAGGCUGGCAUGUUUCGUGAUCGCGUCAUAUUCUUCGGAGGCGGAAGUUUGACCUACUGUCGGUCGGAUACCGGCAGUUGUGAUGUAGUUGCUACUGAAAAUUGCUCGUUCCCCAACGGCGUCGUACGCGGCCGUGAUGGGCGUUUCUAUGUCUCUCAUUCGGCAUCGGGCAUGAUCACUGUUCAUGAAGAAUCAGAUAAUGGUCUUGUUGAGGUUGACAGUAUUCCUCUGAAUGUUCCGCUUGACAAUCUCUCCGUCGAUAAGGAGGGAAACAUAAUCGCUGCUGCUAUUCCGCAUUCAGUGGGCUUUAUGCAGGCUGCCGAUGAUCCAUAUAACCGUGUCGCAGCGGCGAGCGUCUUCAUGGUCAGGGAUCGAGACCGAACAGAUGGAGACUCUGAAAGGUUUAACUACGAGACCGUCAAAGUUAUCGAAGAUAGAGAUGCCAAGUUUCUUCCGACGACCACCGUGGCAGUGCAUGAUGCCCAAACGCAUCGCUUGUUCUUGGCUGGAGGAUUUUCGCCUUUCCUCAGCGUUUGUCAGAGACGCAUAUAA